AUGAACCGCGCCAUGAAACGCGCCUUGACGCAGUCAAUCAGACGGUACCAAUAUGAAGCUCUUGGAUUAGGGCCACGACUAUCGGCUCGAUGGAACUCAACAUUCGCCAAAAGAGAAUGGUCUACACCUCUUGCCCGGACCCUGGCCAGCGCAAUGAAGGUGACAGGCCCAAUCCCCAUCGCCGCGUUCAUGCGUCAAGUCCUCACAUCCCCGGAAGGCGGCUACUACACGACACGACCGGACGGCGGCGGGGAGGUAUUCGGACAGAAAGGAGACUUCAUCACGUCCCCGGAGAUCUCGCAGGUGUUUGGCGAGUUGAUUGGGAUAUGGACGAUUGCGGAGUGGAUUGCGCAGGGGCGCAAGCGCAGUGGGGUCCAGUUGAUGGAGGUUGGGCCGGGGAAGGGGACGUUGAUGGAUGAUAUGCUGCGGGCGUUCCGGAACUUCAAGACGUUUACUUCGAGCAUUGAGGCGAUUUAUCUGGUGGAAGCGAGCGCAACACUACGAGAAGUGCAGAGGAAGCUCCUUUGCGGCGAUGCGGCUAUGGAAGAGACGGAUAUCGGGCACAAGAGUACAUGCAAGUACUUUGAUGUCCCGGUGGUCUGGGUUGAGGACAUUCGGUUGCUACCUCAAGAAGAGGACAAAACACCCUUCAUCUUCGCGCACGAAUUCUUCGACGCCCUCCCAAUCCACGCCUUCGAAUCCAUCCCCCCAGCACCCGAAAAUGAGCAAUCCCCCGUGAAAGAGAUCAUGACCCCCACCGGCCCUAUCACAAUCGAGAACCCCCCGAAACCCGCUAACACACCGCAAUGGCGCGAGAUCCUGGUCACACUGAACCCCAAAGCCGUGGACGAGAAUAUCCCCGGCGAGCCGGAAUUCAACCUGACUAUGGCCAAGGCAUCUACACCAUCUUCGCUGGUGAUCCCGGAGAUCUCACAGCGCUACCGCGCCCUCAAGUCCCAGCCAGGUUCCUCUAUCGAAAUUAGUCCCGAAAGCCGCAUCUACGCAGCUGACUUUGCACGCCGUAUUGGAGGAUCAUCCCAACCUACCCUCCAGGGCAGACAAGGCCCCUCCUCUAUUCCAGCCAACUUCAAGAAAAACCCCUCCGGCGCAGCCCUAAUCAUGGACUACGGAACCCUCAACACAAUCCCCAUAAAUUCCCUCCGUGGCAUCCAAAACCACCAAAACGUCCCUCCCCUUUCAUCCCCGGGCCAGGUCGACGUCAGCGCGGAUGUCGACUUCACUGCUCUCGCUGAGUCUGCGAUCGAAGCGAGCGAGGGUGUUGAAGUCCACGGACCUAUGGAACAGGGUGACUUCCUGCGCGCUAUGGGGAUCGCGGAGCGGAUGCAGCAACUGCUCAUGGGGAUUCAGGACGAAGGGAAGAGGAAGAAUUUGGAGACUGCGUGGCAGCGAUUGGUUGAGAAGGGGGGUGGGGGUAUGGGGAAGAUUUAUAAGGUUAUGGCUAUUGUUCCGGAGAAUGAUGGGAAGCGGAGACCUGUUGGGUUUGGAGGGUCGGUUUGA